AUGACCGAAUGGGUUCAGGCGCAGGAUCAUGGGUUUUUCCGAAUGGAAGGAAUCCGCAUCAAGUUUUACCUCGAAUGGGAUCGCGCAACCUGGCCAAAGUAUGACUACGAGACUGUGGCCUGGUACAGAACUCUGAUGGAAACGUGGCUGUUCGCAGACUACCUACUGAUGCCGCAGCGCCAGAACCAGAUUAUGCACUCCCUUGUCAACUUCAACUUCAAUAUGUUGGCUGUGUACCGUCCUGCGAUCUUUCACGACGACAUCACCAAGUGUCUCAGAACUCUUGACAUUUCUCACGCUCCAGUACUAUACGAGCAGUACUGUUAUGCCUUGGCAAACGCGGUCGUGUUCUUCAUUGACUCUGUUGGUGGCCAGAUUAGUCGCGAUGAGUACACGGCGAUAUUCUGCUUAUGGGGGACUGAAACCGAGGGACGCGUCCAUCAUCGGCUCAUGAACAUUCUAUACCACCGUGGGCAGGGUUCAGCAGGCCUCGAAGUGAUAAAGGCUCUGCUGUGGGAGGAAUGCAAGGUUGAAGAAGUGCAGGGCCUUCGGCAGUGA